AUGGAACCGGGAAGUUUUCGGCUGCGUCUUGCACUGCUCGGGGCCUCCCUCAUGGCCGUGCUGGGACGUCUGGAUCCAGCAGCCCACAGAGGCCUGAAUGUGGGCGUGGAGGAGACCUGGCCGGAGGAGUCCAGAAGCUAUGACGUCACAAGAAGAGAAGGGCUUCCUGGCCACGAUGGGCCGCUGGCCUCCUGCGGGAAGAAGUUUUGCAGCCGCGGCAGCCGAUGUGUGCUCAAUGGGGCCAGCAGAGAGCCUGAAUGCCGCUGCCUGGAGGUGUGCAGGCCCAGCUACGUGCCCGUGUGUGGCUCCGACGGCAGGUUUUACGAGAACCACUGUGAGCUCCACCGCGCAGCCUGCCUGCUGGGGAAGAGGCUGUCCGUCACCCACAGCAAGAACUGCUUCCUCCAAGGGGACACGUGUACCGUGGCCGGCUACGCCCAUCUGAAGAACGUGCUUGUAGCGCUCCAUACCCAACGGCAGCCACUGCAGGAGAACGGCAGCCGCGACCCUGCCUCCCAGCAGCGCCUCCUGGUGGAGUCUCUGUUUCAGGACCUGGACAGAGACAGCAACGGCCACCUCAGCGGCUCUGAACUGGCCCAGCAUGUGCUAAAGGACCAGGACCUAGAUGGGGACCUGCUGGGCUGCUCACCUGGUGACCUCCUCCGAUUUGACGACUUCAACGGCGACGGCUCACUGACCCUGCAGGAGUUCCUCACGGCCUUCCAGGUGCUGCGGCUCAGCCUCGCCCCCGAGGACCGGGUCAGUGUGACCACUGUGACCGUGGGGCUGAGCACGGUGCUCACCUGCGCCAUCCGAGGAGACUUGAGGCCACCGAUCAUCUGGAAGCGCAAUGGGCUCACCUUGAACUUCCUGGAUUUGGAAGACAUCAACGACUUCGGCGAGGACAACUCCCUGUACAUCACCAAGGUGACCACCAUCCACAUGGGCAAUUACACCUGCCACGCUGCCGGCCACGAGGAGCUGUUCCAGACCCACGUCCUGCAGGUGAAUGUGCCGCCGGUCAUCCGAGUCUAUCCCGAGACCCAAGCCCAGGAGCCCGGGGUGGCCGCCAGCCUGCGAUGCCACGCAGAGGGCAUCCCCACGCCCAGAAUCACUUGGCUGAAGAACGGCAUGGAUGUCUCGGCCCAGCUGUCCAAACAGCUCUCGCUUUUAGCCAAUGGGAGCGAACUCCACAUUGGCAGUGUUCGGUAUGAGGACACGGGGGCGUACACCUGCAUUGCCAAGAACGAGGUGGGCGUGGACGAAGACAUCUCCUCACUCUUCAUCGAAGACUCGGCCAGAAAGACCCUGGCCAACAUUCUGUGGCGAGAGGAAGGCCUCAGCGUGGGAAACAUGUUCUACGUCUUCUCCGAUGACGGCAUCGUGGUGGUCCACCCUGUGGACUGCGAGGUCCAGCGGCACCUCAAACCCACCGAGAAGAUCUUCAUGGACUUCGAAGAAAUCUGUCCCCAAGCGGCAGGAGAGGGCACAGCCCCGUGCCAGUGGGCGUCGGCAGUGAACGUCCGGAACCGCUACAUCUACGCGGCGCAGCCAGCGCUGGGCAGAGUCCUCGUGCUGGACGUCCAUGCCCAGAAAGUGCUGCAGUCCAUAGGUGUGGACCCUCUGCCGACGAAGCUGGUGUAUGACAAGUCACAUGACCAGGUGUGGGUGCUGAGCCGGGGAGACACACACAAGUCCCAGCCGAGCCUCCAGGUGAUCACAGAAGCCAGCGCCGGCCAGGGCCAGCACCUCAUCCGCACCCCCUUCGCGGGAGUGGAGGACUUCUUCAUUCCCCCCACCAACCUCAUCAUCAACCAUGUCAGGUUCGGCUUCGUCUUCAACAGGUCUGACCCCACCGUGCACAAGGUGGACCUGGAGACGCUGGCGCCCCUGGGCACCAUCAGCCUGCGGCGCCACGGCUGUGCGCCCCGCGCCAUGGCGCACACCCACCUGGGCGGCUACUACUUCGUCCAGUGCAGCCAGGACGGCCCUGCGGCCGCGCAGCUGCUCAUCGACAGCGUCACGGACUCCGUGGUCGGCCCCAACGGCGCCGUCACAGGCGCCCCGCACGUGUCCCCCGACGGGCGCUUCGUGGUCAGCGCCGCGGCCGACAGCGCCCGGCUACACGUGCAGGAGGUCACGGUGCGCGGGGAGAUCCAGACGCUGCACGAGCUGCCCGUGGGCCCGGGCGUGGCCGACGUGGCCUUCCAGCGCUCCGCCACGCAUGGCGGCCAGUACGACGUCUACGCCGCGCUGGCCACGCGGCCGCACCUGCUGUUCCUGCAGCUGGCCACGGGCAGGCGGGCCCUGCUCAAGAACUUGAGGGAGCCGCCCGCAGGGCCGGGCCGAGUGGUGCGGGACAGCGGGCUGUUCGGCCAGUACCUGCUCACGCCGGCCCGGGAGUCACUGUUCCUGGUCAACGCGAGGCAGCGCUCGCUGCGGUGCGAGGUGCCGGGCGUGAGGGGCGGGAGCACGGUGGUGUGGGUGGGCGAGGUGUGA